AUAAAGGACGUACUUGCAUAUCAAAAAGACUAAGACGUUUCAUUUAUCUGUUUAAAGGUCAACGAGAGUUCAUUCUUGCAAUUGGAGGUUAAUACAUAAACAAGUAUAUGAAGGUGUGGAGAUGCGGAUGCAUUACGUGCGGAAGACGGACAAGAUUGUUACAGAUCGACCACAAGCAGCAUAGCCAAACGGUGAAGCUCAUCAUCAAGCAGCGGAAACAAAAGAAUCGACAUACUGGACGAUUUUUGAAACUUUGGCCUUGUAUACGUUGAAUAGAUAAUAACACGGAAAGUCGAUUUGCUACUCGCCCCGACAGUUCGCGCAACUUUGGAAAUAGCGUCGCGAUGAGCGCCUUGACUGUGGCAGACUAUGUCAUAUUUUCGUUGAUGUUGUGUGUUAGUGGAGCAAUUGGUGUCUACCAUGCUAUCCGUAGAAAGAAUCAACAGACAACGUCUGAGUUCCUAUUGGCAAAUCAAAGUAUUUCAACGUUUCCUAUCGCCAUCUCACUUCUUGUGUCCUUUCUAUCAGCUGUUGCAAUUCUUGGAAUUCCAAGUGAAGUUUACACCUAUGGAUUGUCUUACAUCUUGAUUUCCUUUGCGUUUACCAUUCUCAUUUCAAUAUCUGCAUUCCUCUACGUUCCUGUUUUUUAUAAGAUGAAAAUUUUAAGUACAAAUGAGUAUCUUGAAAGACGUUUUUCUCCUGGGAUACGGUUUAUGGGUUCGAUCUUAUUCAUCAUGACCUAUACAAUGUAUCUUUCAAUUGCUUUGUUUGCACCUGCGGUUGCUCUUGAUGCAGUUUCAGAUCUACCCAUCAUCGCAUCUGUAGUUGCAAAUGGUUUUAUAUGCGUUUUUUACACUAGUCUGGGCGGGUUCAGAGCCGUUAUUUGGACUGACGUAUUUCAAGGUUUUGUGAUUCUUGUGGGUAUGAUCACUGUAUUUGUAACUGGGACGAUUGAAGUAAAUGGUUUUGGCAAUGUUUGGCGCAUAAACAAAGAAAUGAAGAGAUUAAAUGUAUUUGACUUCAACCCAGACCCCACAGUUCGUUCAACAUUUUGGACUGUUAUUGUUGGAGGAGUUUUCAGCUAUCUUUUUCCGUGGUCAGUCAGUCAGCUUUCUGUUCAAAGAUUUCUGGCAUCGAAAUCAUUGAGAGAUGCAAAAAAGGCAAUACUUUUGGGCAUUCCUGCGACGAUAUUCAUUGCCAUAGUUUGCUGUUUCGAUGGACUUGUUAUUUUUGCUGUAUAUCAUAAUUGCGACUUAUUCAGGGACAAAAAGAUAACCAGAAAUGAUCAAAUCUUACCAUAUUUUGUUGUCGAUAAGCUUGGGCAUCUCACCGGUCUCCCAGGGCUUUUUAUAGCCUCUCUUUUUAGUGGAUCAUUAAGCACAGUUUCUUCUGGUAUUAACUCUCUAUCUGUGGUCAUUUUGGAAGACAUAGUGAAGAAAAUUAGGAAGAAUAUUCCUGAUUCAGAGGCUACAUCCAUUUCUCGAUUAAUUGGUGUUGGAUACGGUAUCUUGAUUACGUUGGGAGCAAUUUUCUUAAAUUUUGUGAAAGUGCCGUUGCUAAUACAGCUUACAGCAAGUUUAUUCAAUCUCUCAGCCGGACCACUGUUAGGGUUAUUUACUCUGGGAAUGCUAUCGCGAAAAGCAACAUGGAAGGGAGCGUACAUUGGUUCAAUUUUCUCAUUUAUUGUCGUUGGAUGGUUAUACAUUGGCAGUAGAUUCUAUCCUCCUGUCGUAAAUAAACCUCCAACAUCAAUUGAGGGGUGCAGUUUCUUAAACGGGACCAACACCACGUUGGGAAUAAAUAGUUCUUUGAAGAAUUCAACCAUUUCUUACAGGGAUCCUUUGGCAAGAUUCUAUGGAUUAUCUUUUUACUACUACGGUGCAGUUGGCAUGCUUGUGACUAUUUUUGUUGGUUACGUAUUCAGUGUUAUAUUAGCAAAAUUUGACGGUCCGCAGGAGCCUGUUGAUAAAGAUCUUCUCUUUAAAUUCCCAAAUAUAUUUACUACUCCAAUUCAUGAUCGAUAUUCUGUAUCACAAGAGAUUGGAAAUGGAAAUGUUGUAACAAGUAAAUUGUAGUUCAACUUCUACAAUUUUUUAUCCAAAGCAUGGCCUCCACGAGAAUGGAAUCUCCAUGGACAAACCAAGCAUAAAAUGUUUAUCUUAUGAACUAACAUGGAGUGUCACCUGCCCCUUAAAAUUGCUCUCCCCUGUCUUUUCACUCAUAUAAUAAAUGUAAAGAAGUUGAUAAAUUUGUAUUUUUUACAAGUCUA